AUUUUCUACAGUAAAAUGUUCAAGAAUGUGUACUCAAAAGUACCUAAAAGUGCCUCUGUGUGGCUAGUCAAGGAAACAUCCUUGAAAAAUGGGUUUGACUAUACAAUCGGGUUCUUUAAAAGGAACCAGAACACUUCUUUUGGAGGGUUUUGGGCCCAGCCAGGAGGAAUUGUUGAUGAACAAGAUCAUUAUGAUGCUUGGGAAGAAGUCUACCCGAAAUAUACAAAGUCUUUUGGACACUUUCAUGAUUUUACAUUAAGAAUGUGCUGUCUCAGAGAGCUUUACGAGGAAUGAUCAAUCUUGCCUGCUUAUAAGAAUGAAGAUUUUUCGAUAAUCACUGGAGAAGAGUUAGAAAAAUCUGAGUAUGAUACAGAUCAGUUUCAUCUAUUCUGUAAGGAUAGAGAGAUUUAUCCAGCUAUUGAUAGGCUAUCAGCUUUUAAAAGAAUUUCUCCACCUCUCUCACUAACUCAGAAAAGAGUGGAUACUCAGAUGUAUUUCUAUUUCCUAUCAGAGGAUGAAGAAAAACAUAUAAAACUAAAUGAGUCUGAACUGACUGCUCACAAAUUUGUUUCACCCAAGGAAGCUUUUGAGUCAUUAUCAAUGUUUCCUCCUCAGCAGAUUUGUACGAUAAACUUAUCUCAGUUCUGAUCUUUCUCCUCUUUAAAAGAGUUUGCUAGCGACUCUGAUAAGCACUUGAUUUCCUAUUGUGAAUUUAGGGCAAAUCUGUUCCAAAAUAAUGCAAAGUUAAUCACAGAGGGAUCGAAGUUAAAGUCUUUAGACGAUUAUUACCCUCUCGUGUUCAAUAAAUACGAUCUUCUCGGCGACCAAACCAGGAAGGAUGAACAUGGGUUACGGAUUCUCACUGAGAACGAGAACAUGAAAGACUGCUUCACCCAGGUUGAAAUUAAAGCUGGAGACCUAGAAACUUAUGCAGAUAUAUUUACAAAGCUGAAAUCUAACGUGAUCUUUGUAUUUCCAGGAGAUUAUUUUCACACAAACGAAUCGUAUCCCUGGAAGACCCACAGGUACUCUCGUCAUAGGAUUUAUAAAGGUAAGGGAAAAGAUACCAGGUAUGAGAUCACCCAAGACGUAUGGGAUAUCUUCAGUAAAAAGCCAAAAGAUGGUCUUGGUUUCAUUUCCUCGAUAUAAUCUACAUUGCCUUAAAUACGUCAAU